AUGCGCAUCAUCCAGACAGAGCACAUGGCCACAUUCCAUUCAGGCAGCAGAAAUAAGACAGAGUCUGUCAGGAGGCCAGUGGGACUAAGACGUAGUGCUGGGAAAUGUGGUUUCAAAAACCUGAGUGAUGACCCUCAAAGCUUACCUUACUCUGAUCAGGAGUUUAGCAACUGCAAGAAAUACACAGUUCCCCUCCAGAAGGAGGACGCCAAGACCUCCAGAGUGUCCCAGGCUUUGACUCGUACCAGCAGCUUGUCAGCACCAAGACCCACCAGGGCCUCCGUGCUCCGUCGUGCUCGCCUAGGAGAAGCCUCAGACAAUGAGGGCUCAGAGACAGACAGGUUGUCCCAGGAGGUGAGCAACAUCCUAACUAAGCAGCCUCAGGAAACCAAAAAGCUCUCCAGGCUGGAUAUGCUGGCCAUGCCUCGUAAGCGGACGAGCUCAUUUAACACACCCAGCGACACUGAGGCCUCUUCCGCCCCACAGUGGAAAGGCAGGAGCACAGGAUUCUCCAACCGUAGCGAGUCCAGCAGCAACUCAAUUCGAAGAGCCUCUGCUCCAGCACCAAAGCCUGUAGAACGGCCGCAGAAAGCAGCACUCAUCAAGGCCCCAAUCACUCGUGGACGUUCAAGCAGUGCAAAAUAUGCCAGCAGCACAGCAAGCUCCAGGAGACGACAGAAAGACUCUGACUAUACUUCUACCUCAGAUGAUGAGUAUGAUUCAAACCAGAGCACUCCUAAAUACAAACGCUCCCAACCUUCCUCAGCUUCCCACAGCCCACACAGUCAGCCUCGGCCCCAGCCGGUGGUCCCUCUGCAUCCAAAACCCCUUGGCAGAGAUUCUGAGGAGAUGAACCACGAGGGAGAUGCUUUUCACAACUGGUCUACCCACAGUGCUGAGAUUGCACGCUUGAGUCAAGACCUGGCUAAAGACCUAGCUAUCCUGGCCAGAGAGAUCCAUGACGUGGCAGGUGAUGGUGACCCACAGAACUCUGGAGCGGAGAGUUGCACACCUGUCUCCACAGUGACUGCUCAUGAACAGGUACAUAAGAGUAUCACAUACUGGGUGUAGCUGCUGCUUAAUCUCAGUCACUGAGGCAUCAAAACUGUAUUUGAUCAAAUGGCCAACACUGAACAUGACUACCUUUUAUGACAAACUUCACUCAGUUUUAAAAGAGAAACUAUCUUUUUGUGCUUUGUUCUAAAAUUGUUUUGCAUUAGCCGCCUAGAUCAGGUACAGUUAUGUAACAUGAGUAAAAAUAAUCUUUUUAUCUCAUCCAUUAAUUCAUAACACCGUUCCCUGAAUGAGUGAAUCAGUCCAUUGUGGUCAGUAUAGACAAUAUAAUUGUGGUUAUGACCAUAUGGUCAUGAGCUUUUGGUCAUGAACGAAAGGCCAAGAUCCCGGAUACAGGCGGCCGA